GUACUGUUAAGCUAAAAGUGCGUAUUGUACAGUCAAGUUUACUUCUCGGCUUCAGACUCUUCUUUCCCUUUCUCUCUCCUCUCCCUGUUCGCCAUGCCCAAUGCCGAUUUUGUAGAAACCGAUUGCAUAAGCCAGGGUGGUUUCUGGGCAUUGCGCCUGCAAGCACAUGGAUUGACUGUAUUGUGAUUACUUCUUUCAUUUUUCAGGACUUGGUGAUCCGUCUUUCUUGAGAUAAGAUAAAUAAAGCUUAGAGCACGUUAUAGCUUCGGAAAAGGGGCAAGCAACGAUGUGGAACCCAAGAGAUGAUCCGCAGGGGCGGCGCAACUCUCCCAUCUUCAAAAUGAUGAACCCGGAGCUCCAUAUGAAGCCAAACAUGAUGGUUGCUGCCGUCGGCACCACUUUAUUCGUGGUCAUCAUGGGGUCCCUCCUGUGGGAAAAGCACAAGUACGAGCAGCAGCAGGCAAAGCUCCGGCAGUCGGCGGUCGAACGGGUUAUCAAAGAAGAGUAGCGCUACGACCAUUUGUGACACUCAUGGUAGCAGCAUAGGGAGGCAUAGGAAGCGCCGAUAGAUUUUUCAAAGUUCAAGUCGCAAGGGCAGUGUCCACAGCGCAUUGCCAACCCGCGGGGACUUUAGUUCGCCAUAAUGCUGCAAGUAGAGCGGGGUAAUCAAGGGUUGCGAGAGCUCCGAAUCACUGAAAAGUAGUACAUUGGGCCUGGAAGAUGCCAAUUUCAGCAGGGCACGGUAGCAUUGGGUUACAUUGGAGCAGGAGAUGUGCGCUGCUAGCCUGGCUUUUGGCUGCGUCGUCUUACAGCCAUGCUUGGGAGGAGUGCGCUGAUGCAGGGGCAACGCCCCACGUUCAGAAGUUGGGGGAGAUGCCUCAGCACAACUACGGGCGGCCCGGCCUCUCGCACAUGACGAUAUGGGGGGCGAAGCAUCACAGCAUGAAAGAGUUGGAAGUCUGGCUGCAAACUUUUGCACCCGGGUCGGGAACGCCCAUCCAUCGCCACGACUGCGAGGAAGUCUUUAUCGUCCAGGCAGGCGAAGCCGCGUACCUUCGUGCGGAGGUAGACGGGGAAAAGGAGAGCGGUAGGCCGGGGCCGCGGGUUGGGAGCCGGGCGGCCGCCAACAGUACCUUUCGGAUCCCCCUCAAUGCGGUUCAUCAGGUGCGGAAUCUGCAUCCGACUGAGGCUUUGACGGUGCUUGUCAUCAUAUCCAAGCCGCCCAUCAGAGUGUACAUCUACGAUACGUGGGACACCCCUCAUGACGCGGCGACCCUGAGUUUUCCGUACCCCUGGGAUACAGUCUGUCCGGAAGAUCUGAGAACGCAAGAACAGCUAGACACCAGGGAACUCUGAUUGUCUGUGAACGCGCAAGUAGAGAGUUGACUUUUUGCUUAAAACUGGUCUGGUCCGUGAAUGACUAGGAUGCAAGCGACUGCACGCAAAUUUGCGACUGCCCACGCACUUUGCUUGUCAAAUGCUUGCUCUUAGUAUUCGCUCGCACCUUUGGAAAUAUCCUUAUGC